CCCGAGGAACUGCUUCCGGGGUGGUCCCAGUUGCCACGACGACGGAGCUCCCAACAUGCCUCGCGGCGGCGGGCUCAUGGCGCCGGGGGCGCGGCCGCUCUUGCUGCUGCUGGUCUGGACGCUGGCGGCUCUGGCCCGGCGCGGCCUCGCGGAAGCGGGCGACGGAGGGUGGCAGCUGCGCGGGCCCGGGGCGCCGGCGGCCCUGACCGAGGAGCAGCGCUGCGCGGUGGAACGUCGGGCCGACCUCAGCUACGCCGAGUUCGUGCAGCACUACGCCUUCUCCAGACCCGUCAUCCUGCAGGGCCUCACAGACAACUCGAGGUUCCGGGCUCUGUGCUCCCGAGAAAGGCUCCUGGCCUCGUUUGGGGACAGCAUGGUUCGCCUGAGCACUGCCAAUACCUACUCCUACCGGAAAGUGGACCUGCCCUUCCAGGAGUACGUGGAGCACCUGCUGCAUCCCCAGGAUCCUACCUCCCUGGGCAACGACACCCUGUAUUUCUUUGGGGAUAACAAUUUUAGCGAAUGGGCAUCGCUCUUUCAGCACUACUCCCCACCACCAUUUAGUCUGUUGGGUACCACUACCGCUUACAGCUUUGGAAUCGCAGGAGCUGGUUCUGGGGUGCCCUUCCACUGGCACGGACCAGGGUUCUCAGAGGUCAUCUACGGCCGCAAGCGCUGGUUCCUAUACCCCCCGGAGAAGACACCAGAGUUCCAUCCCAACAAAACCACGCUGGCCUGGCUUCAGGAUAUAUACCCAACUCUGGUACCAUCUGCAAAGCCCCUGGAGUGCACCGUCCAGGCUGGUGAGGUGCUGUAUUUCCCUGACCGAUGGUGGCAUGCUACACUCAACUUGGACACCAGUGUGUUCAUCUCUACCUUCCUCAACUAGCCAGCUUGGGCGGCUGGUAGUCCGGGAUAUCUCGCUUCUGCAACACGUGAGGUGACAAUAGGCACCGGGAUGGGAACAGUGCUCCAAUUCCUGCUACCCAGAGAACAGACAGCUUACCUUUCUCUUCUCAUCCACCUGGGAGAAAAGCU